AUGUGGACUGAAGAGAAAUGUAACAAUAUACUACCAGACGAAGAGACUGUAAGUCGUGGUCUCAUGAAUAGAGCACGGGAUAUGCGCGACGCCUGGCGGAGGCACCAGAGGGAGGUCAGACAUGAAAAGAUCAAGCAAAGUAUCAAAGUACUUGGCCUGGUCGAGCCGGCAUCAGUAGCAGGCUAUACGAAGUCGUGGGGUAUGCGAUUGGGAGAUGUUCCUGGCGACGAAGAUAGAAGCACGAGCUACAAGGCUUAG